UCGCUUUAUUUUAAGGCGUCCUUGUUACACGUUGCAUGUACUUACUAUUAUAAAUUAUGCAUAAUUACAUGCAAACCAAACUCUAACCCUAACCAUAUAGUAAGAACAUGUAGUCAGUUAAUAUUACUCAGUACUUAAAGCAGUAAUUGCACUGUUAAAAAGGACACCUUAAACUAAAGUGUGACCAAGUUUUGCAACGAUAAAUGUUGUAAGAAUACAAAAUAAGCUUUUUCACACGUGCUCUCAGAUAUGUGGACUUAUUUAGUUGUUUAUUGCUGACACAGAGUGUCAUGAUUGCCUGAAAUGCUGUUGCUUAGAGCAGAUGCUUAGAUCGAUAACAGAAAGUGUGUUCUGACAGCACUGUGUCCAUCACACAAGAUGACACGGGCUUGUGUUUGUGGUCAGAAGGAUCUGGUGCCGUAUUCAAAUGAGCGCGAGCAGUGCGCGUGUGACGCAGCGGAGCGCGCAGCUGGACAUCAAAGAGGAUAAAAGCGACUGUCCACGGCUCGAUAAGCUCUUUUAGCGAAAGCAGAUAGAGUGUUUGUGCGUCUCUUUCAUCGGUGACCGGAUCAGGAAUGAUUUCAGCACCGCGGACAGCGACGGACCGAACAAAACUCCCGUACUGCCACGAAUCUUUCCAUAACCUUCAGGAGUUGAGACACAGUGCAUCUCUGGCCAAUAAGGUCUUCAUUCAGAGAGACUACACGGAUGGCACCGUCUGCAAGUUCCAGACCAAGUUCCCCUCUGAGUUAGACAGCAGGAUUGAGAGGACGCUGUUUGAGGACACGGUGAAGACGCUGAAUAAUUACUAUGCAGAGGCGGAGAAGAUCGGAGGCCAGUCCUACCUCGAGGGAUGUCUGGCCUGCCUCACGGUUUACCUCAUAUUCCUGUGCAUCGAGACACGCUAUGAGAAGGUGCUGAAGAAAAUCUCACGGUACAUUCAGGAGCAGAAUGAGAAGGUCUACGCUCCUCGAGGUCUCCUCAUCACAGACCCCAUAGAGAGAGGCAUGAGGGUCAUUGAGAUCAGUGUGUACGAGGAUCGUGGCUCCAGCGGUUCUAGCUCAGGAAGCAGCACAACCAGCAGCAGCGGACGAUGAUUCACACACACACACUCACCCACGUGUGACGCCUUCAUACUGACGCCCGCUGAACAGACACGACAGCGACCGCUCAGCAUCGCCAAACACAAACACACCUGACAUGAACUGCCUCCACGAGACACAUCAGCUGCUGGAUCAGCAGCUCGUCAUUACCUCAGUCAUCACCGCCACCUUCACUGACCUGCAGCCGUUGCACAUCCUCCAGUCUCUCGCUGUAGCAUCCUGGGUAAAGCGCACAUGAGCUUCUGUCACUGUAAUAUGCAAUCUCACUCACAAACGCCUGUGAUGUAGCUGCCGAUCGGCACACGACAGUCUUCCAUCGUCACGAUUUUUCACCCUUUUUUUUGUUUGAGAAUUUAAUGAGCACUUUUACUCCAAUUAUUGAACAGAAGUCAGAUUUUAGACUAGGUAGAUGUCAAGGACUGAACUCUAAGCCCAUAUGUUUUAUACAGGCCCCAGACACUGCCAUCUUCUUCCACGGGUACUAUUUAUGACUUUGUCGUUUUGUUUUAUUUCAUAGUGUGCUAAUCGUUCAUGCUUUGUACUCAUAACGCGUCGUCAGAGCAGAAACGAGUCCUGAAGACAUGACUGCCAAGAGCCAGAGCUUCCUCACAUGGUCCUUCAUCAUGAGCUUCCAUUUCGUACGAGAACCUUUGGCCCCUGUUUAUGCAAAGAUCAAGAGUUAAAGAAGCUGAGAGUGCUUUUCUGUUGUGUAGCAAAAUAAAUAAACAAUGAUGG